ACUUGUAAUAAAAUUUGGACUCCUUUCCCCUCCCUCCCCUCCUUCCCUCUGCGCACCCAACCCAACCCAUCCGCAGCUUUCUCCCACCUCCGCGCAGCCGGUCAUACCCCCAUUCCAGGCCGCUAGGGUUCACCGCUGCCGCCCGCGACGGCCGCCGCGCGCCGGGCACACAGCGCGCUUUCGCCUUCACGGGCUCCCGUUGCCGUCUCGCGUCGUGCCCGCCCCCGCGCGGAGGCGGAGCUAUCCAAAGUUAUCGCGUCCCCCUCGCAUAGAUCUGAUAUUCGCGACUGGACCCGCUCCUCUCGGCUCGCAAUGCUUUUUGGAGUUUUGUUUCUCUCCCAUCCCACCACCUCGGCCUCACUGAGAUCUCCGACUCCGAUUACGCCAGCCGCCCCCUAAACCUAGCCGCAGCGCAUCCACCCCCGCGCGAGACUAGCAGCGGCGGGAGUGCGCGGCCAUGGCGACGGAUCGGGAGAAGGAGCGGGAAGCGGAGCUGGAGAGCGCCAUGUACACCAACUGCCUCCUCCUCGGCCUCGAUCUCGCCGUCCUCGGUUCCCCCUCGUCCCCCGCCGCCGGCCCUCGCGUCGGCCUCUUCCGCCACUCCAAUCCCCGCCUCGGUGAACAGCUCCUCUACUUCCUCCUCUCUUCGCUCCGCGGGCCCGCGCAGUCCGCCAAGGACUUUGAUAAGGUGUGGCCGAUCUUCGACUCCGCACAAUCCAGAGAGUUUAGGAAGAUCGUGCAAGGAAUCAUCAGCGAGCUGGAGCAGCAGGGAGCUCUGCCACGGAGCAACUCCAGGGUAUCUUCACUCGCCACCUGCUGUGGGCCGAGAUUUGUUGAGCUAUUGUGGCAACUCUCUGUGCAUGCCUUGAGAGAAGUCCACAGGAGAACAUUUGCUGCUGAUGUUGCAUCAAGCCCGCUGCCUGCAGCACUCACAGACGUCUCUUAUCUACAUGCCGCUGCAUUACUCCCUGUGACUAAGGCAAGGAUAGCUCUUGAGAGGCGUAAAUUUCUAAAAAAUGCAAAUAUUGCUGUUCAAAGGCAAACAACCUGGUCAAAUUUAGCCCAUGAAAUGACAGCUGAAUUCCGAAGUCUUUGUGCUGAAGAGGCCUACCUACAGCAGGAGUUAGAGAAGCUGCAAGACAUGCGAAACAAAUCCAAACUGGAAGGGGAACUUUGGGAUGAACGUAUCUCAAGUUCAUCUGGACAGAAUUCCCAUUUGGUGUCUAAGGCAACUCGUUUGUGGGAAACAAUAUUGGCUCGCAAAGGCCAACAUGAGGUCUUAGCUUCUGGACCAAUUGAAGAUCUUAUAGCACAUCGUGAGCAUAGGUACCGUAUAUCAGGAUCUCAAUUGCUAGCAGCAAUGGAUUUGAGUUCAAGCGUUCCACAUUCUGAGUUACUAUCAGCUCGAGCUAGUGAAGCGUCUCCAUUUUUGGACAAACAAGAACAGAUGUCUGCUCUAUUCCAAGGAAAGGAAGAAGCCCUCUCAAGGUUAGAUGAUAGGAAUGGACGUGCUCAACAACAGACUGUUGAUGUGGCUGAAAUUCUUCGCCGUUGGACUCAUGCUUUACAGCGUAUUCAUAAACAGUCUCUUCAUUUGGCCAAAGCAAAUGAUGGAGAUGGACCAGAACUACUCCGAAGUGCAUCUGAUGGUGAAACUAGUACCCAUGCUGACUCAUUAACGGCAACAUUGGCUGAACAUCGUCAGCACUUAGUCAGUAUACAGGGCCUAAUUAAUCAACUCAAGGAAGCUAUCCCGGCAAUGCAGCAGUCAAUAGCAGAUCUGUCAGAGGAAGUAAAUAGCGUAUCUAGUAAUCCAAUGGAUAAAAUCAUCUCCAGAUUGUCUCCGUCAGUGCAAAAUUCAGGGUUUGGAAGAGCAGAAGAAAGCAGCAGUGAACUUUCAGAGAUGACUUCCAAGCUUUCUUCUACACACCUUGACAAGGCUGGGAGCAGUCCUGCUCUAAAGCUACCACCUUUAUUUAGUCUGACUCCAAGUUCUUCUGGAAAAGGAACACAGGCACAAAAAAGGAAUGCGUUAGGACGGCAACCUAGCCAAGAAAUCCUGUCUGAAGAGAAAACUCUUCCCCUUCCCUCAACUAAAGAUGAAACAAAUGGCUCAAUACAUGAAAAUGAGGGUUAUUUUGCUCAUAACAUCAGACGUUCUGUUCGUGAAGCUGCUCUAUCAAAGCCAUUAAGAAACCCAGAGAGGCCACAUGACCAGAGUAGUGAUGAUGGUUCAGAGCACUUCUUUAUUCCCCUAUCAACAGGUGCUUCAAAGAUGGAGAUUGAUGCCGUCGAUAAUAAUAGAAGAAUGCAAAAACUGGGUUUUUCAUCACCACAAAUGAAGUUCAGUGAUCUUCACUUCAAUGUUGACAGCCCAAUGCAUGCAACUCCUGUUCUGUCAAGUAAACUUAAUGGGCAUGAUGAUCCUAACACUGUCACAAGCAUGCUUGAUCCAGUAAGUGGUCUGGGACAUCAGUCAUUUAUAACUGAUGAUGCUCUUGAUCAAGUAUUCUCCCCACCACUGUUGUUGGAGACUUCUUUAUUUCAGGAUGCAUACGAGGACUUGCUUGCUCCAUUAUCUGAAACCGAUACAGCUUUAAUGGAACACUAGAGCUCACAUGUACAUUGUGUAAUACUUUGACCACUGCCGUAAGCUUCAGUGCUUGAUCACAGCCUGGAGGUUCUUAUGGUUUGGUUCUGACUGCUGCUGGGACAUUUUUGGUGAAUUUCUUGCUGGUUGUGUUGCUUGCCAGUUGCCACCAGCUUGUGAGGGAUGUCUGCGUCAGAAGAAGGGGUAUUAUUAGGGAAAGUUGGGGUAUUUGGUUUUGGGGAGAGGAAAAGAGUGUUUUAGCGGUGAUAUAGAUGUCUGUAAUGUUCCAGCCGUUGUGUGCACAGUAAGAUAAGAUUCAAAAUCGUGUGUAUUUAGCGUACAUUGUAUGUAUUUCUUGUAAUAAUUUGCUUCGCUUAAAAGUUUUUCUGAUGUGCGGGUUCUGCUGUUCUGCA